AUGUUGAUUGCGUGUUAUGUGGAGGUGAAACGGGCCUUUUGUCUGUACACUAUGAUUUGUUUUGGCCUCCUUUUUUUUUUUUACAUGACUUGGAAGUGUGACCAGUUAACAUAAGAUAAAAGGGAAGUGUGGUGGGGGUGAUUGGGUGGUGCAAUGGUAUGUUUAACACCUAAUUGCCACACCCAUAAGGUGCCAUUAGGCUACUACCUUUAAAUACAAUGCCAUGGUAAUGACCUGCGUUAAAGUCAGACAGAUUAAAUCUGAAACUUUUGAGCCAGUUUAGUUUCUUUUGCAACAUUUUGAUGUGGAAUUAUUAAUAUUACUGUUUUUUAUUAUUGUUUUGCUCAUCUUAAACUACGUAAAUCUUCACUUGUAUGCCUCUCGAUAUGACUGUAAAUCAUCAUUUGGGGUCCUGUGGCUGUGCCCACCCACAAUAAAAGGUUUCAGGGAGGGACUUUGCCUUUCAACAUUUAACCAGUGAGCAGCCUGAUCCCACAGAGACAGAGGGCUUUUCAAAACCUGGAAUUAACCCGAGCAGACCUGCACCGAGCCGGGGAUCCAGCCAUGUAAAGACUACUCCAACGAGCUUUUCUGAUAAAUAUACAUAUCUAUGAAAUAAUGGAUGUAUUUGCCUUUGAUGCGCUGCACGGAUCUUUUGAAGAGCUCUCCAGCACUCAGUCAGCCGGCUCAGAUUUUUGAUAAAUGUGAGGGGGAAUAACUCCGAGGUGCUUAUCAGAGACUGUGCUGUGGUGGAUGGACAGGAGCAGUUCAUAUGCGACACUGUGGGAGCUCUGCUGGAUUUAUUUACUGCAUCCUUCUGGGAUUUAUCCGUUUAUUGAUCGGAUGAAAUAAAAAGAAGAAUGUAUGGAAUUAACCAGCGCUGUAUUUACAUAUCAUUUCAUUUUUUCGUGCUGUGGUGCCAUGCUCAGGGGGAGAAUCACCCGUCUCCUAAUUUUAACCAGUAUGUGAGGACGCAGGGCGCAGUGACGGACCAGCUCAGCCGCAGACAGGUCAGGGUCUACCAGCUCUACAGCCGCACCAGCGGGAAACACGUCCAGAUUCAGGGCAAAAGGGUCACCGCCACAGCUGAGGAUGGAAAUAUGUACGCUCGUCUUUUCGUUGAGACGGAUACCUUUGGCAGUCGAGUGAGGAUAAGAGGUGCAGAGAGUGGACGCUACCUCUGCAUGAACCGGAAGGGAAAGCUUGUCGGAAAGCCCAACGGCCGGAGCAGGGAUUGUAUCUUCACAGAAAUAGUACUGGAGAACAAUUACACAGCCUUUCAGAAUGCCAAGUAUGAGGGCUGGUAUGUGGCUUUCACCAGGAAAGGGAGGCCCAUCAAAGCCUCCAGGACGAGAGAGAACCAGAGAGAGGUCCAUUUCAUCAAGAGGCUACAUACAGGUCCGCCUCCCUUCCCCAACACGGACCAAAGCAAACACUUUGAGUUCAUCCGAUUUCCGGCCACACGUCGAGCAAAGCGGAACAGGAAAUCACGUACCUCUUCCUAACAUGCAGCAGAAGAAAUGGACUGAUGACAGUUGUGAUAUAGGAAGAAACAGAUGCGAUUGUAUUUUUGUAUAUUUUUGAUAGGUAAAGAUGGCUAAAACGCCAUAAAUCUAAAGUAAUAUUGCUGUAAAAUGAUCCCGUGUAAAUACUGAGUAAAGAAGAUGGAUUAUA